CACCGUUCGCUACCCAGCACAAUCCACGUCUCGUUCUACUCAACCCUCGCGACUACCCGGGGUCCACGCGGCUCUCCCCGAGAUGUCGACGACCUACGGGACCGAGCGUGGAAGCUCAGAGACGCACGAUGCAACAUCGCGGCCUCGAAAUUGCUGCUUUCCUUCACUGGUACGUAGAGUCGGAACACAUUCCGCCGAUCUAGGAGGCGGCGGGAACCAGAGACCGCUCUAGAAGCCUUGCACUCCGGUCAUGGCCGGGCGGCAACUGCCCCACUGCCGCCAUGUUUGCUCACGAAGAUAACCUCUCGGACGAGACUUGCAGGCUUCUGGACACCCACUUGCGCAGCUUCAUCAUUGGCACCGUCAUCGGGAAACCGCGGUCGCCCGGCCUCGUGAUCUUGGUCCCGAACCCAACUGCGUCCGCAGACAUACAAGUUGCCGAAUUCACACAUGCCGCCGCAUCGUAUUUCCCUCCCUUCACGCUUCCCGAUGGUCUCGACCCGCCACCCGUAUACAAUCCUCCCCGUCGAGCCUUACAAUUUGCCGCGGCUUCGAUCGACUCGAAGCACACUAUCACGACGUCGCGCAUGUCCCCAGAGGUCCUCCGUAGCUUCACGGAUUCUGACAUCAUGAAGGAGACCCAGCACCUCAUCUGGACGUUGACCUACGACGUGUAA